AGGUACCUGGAACGGGGAGUGAUGUCAGCUCCCAGCUCACUGCCUUCCCGGAUUCCUGACAUGGUGCGAGAGGGAGAGCGGGUGGGAGAGCCCUGGAAGGAGAAGCAGAAGGAUUAAUGUUCUGCAAGCCUGGAGAGGACCAGAGUGCUGAGCCUAUGAACCCUCAGGGGAAGUGAACUAGAACUUUUGCAGCAGUGCUGGCGAUUUUACACCCAGGUCACUUUAAAGAGUUUAUGGAUUAACUUAUUAAUCAUCUGCAAGAUCUACAGAACCCUGGCAAAGAUCAGUGUUAAAGUCCUUUUUUUUGGAAUAUAACCUAUAUCAAAUUGCUUUUUUGGAAGAGAGGACUUGCGGAAAGGAGAACACUUUGGAACUCAAAAAAUUUUUUUAAAAGAAUGUUUAAAAUUGUCAUAUAUAAUUGGAUUAAAUAAAAUACUGUUAGAAAAAAAUGAUGAAUGUGACAAAUACAGAGGAGCGUGGAAAGAUCUAAAUGAACUGAAGAAGUGAAAUCCAGGUUGCGACCUCACUCUUCACUUGAGAAACUAGAAAAUGAUGAGUGAUGCCAGCGAUAUGCUGGCAGCUGCUUUGGAGCAGAUGGAUGGCAUCAUAGCAGGUUCUAAGGCCUUGGAAUAUUCCAACGGGAUUUUUGAUUGUCAAUCUCCAACCUCCCCAUUCAUGGGAAGCUUGCGAGCUUUGCAUCUGGUGGAAGAUCUUCGUGGCUUGUUAGAGAUGAUGGAAACAGAUGAGAAGGAAGGAUUGAGAUGUCAAGUCCCUGACUCAACAGCAGAAACUCUGAUUGAAUGGCUUCAGAGUCAAAUGACUAAUGGACGUAUAUCUGGAAAUGGAGAUGUAUAUCAAGAAAGGCUAGCACGUUUAGAAAAUGAUAAAGAAUCUCUGGUUCUCCAGGUAAGCGUAUUAACAGAUCAGGUGGAAGCUCAGGGAGAAAAGAUUCGUGAUUUGGAGUUUUGUCUUGAAGAGCACAGGGAGAAAUUAAAUGCUACAGAAGAAAUGUUACAGCAGGAACUUCUGAGUAGAACAUCUCUAGAAACUCAGAAAUUGGACCUCAUGGCUGAAGUAUCUAACUUAAAGCUAAAAUUGACUUCUGUAGAGAAGGACAGAUUAGACUAUGAAGAUAGGUUCAGAGACACAGAGGGCCUAAUGCAGGAAAUCAAUGAUUUGAGAUUAAGAGUUGGUGAAAUGGACAAUGAGAGACUUCAAUAUGAGAAAAAGCUUAAAUCUACCAAAGAUGAGCUUACAUCUUUAAAAGAACAGCUGGAAGAAAAGGAAUCCGAAGUGAAAAGAUUACAAGAAAAACUGGUUUGCAAAAUGAAAGGAGAAGGAAUUGAAGUAAUUGAUAGAGAUGAAAACUGUAAAAAGAAGCUCAAAGAAAAAAAUAUUGAAGUACAGAAAAUGAAAAAAUCUAUGGAGUCCCUGAUGGCAGCAAAUGAGGAAAAGGACCGAAAAAUUGAAGAUCUUAGACAAUGCUUGAGCAGAUACAAGAAAGUACAGGAUGUGGUGAUACUGUCUCAAGGAAAAAAAGGCAAAGAAGGUGAAUAUGAAGAAUUACCUAGUUCAAUUUCAGCCUUGCUGGAAAUGCAGAGUGUCGGUGAUCUGGAGAAAAGUCCACCUUCUACUCCAGUUACAGGAUCUCCUAGCCAUGAUGUAUUGAACACAAGUGUUCCAGAAGAGCUCCAUAUGAGCAUCUUGCAAGUUUCAAUGCCUUCAUUUUCACCAAUAUCCAAAGACUUGGAAACAUCUGACAAGUCAAAAUCUCCACCCAAAUCAGAGACUUCAGCUGAUGUGAACGAUGAAAAAACAAUUCUUGAUGCUGCUUUAGAAGUGCAAAUGUGUGAUAAUCUGUUAUCUUCAACUCUGCAAAAAUCCAGCAGUCUGGGCAGUUUGAAGAAAGAAGUAUCUGAAACGGAAAAGGAGCCUCUUCAGAAGCCUCCAGAGACAGUACCUCCUGGGCAAAUCAGCAAAUUUGGAAGCCUCCCUCCCAAAGUCCAAGGACCUGGCCCUUCAGCAGAUGACAAUGCCUUUGGCACUCGAAAAGCCCGAUCGUCCUUUGGACGGGGCUUUUUUAAGAUUAAAAACAACAAGAGGACAGCAAGUGCACCAAACCUGGAUCGUAGCCGAAGUGCAAGUGCACCUACGUUAGCUGAAACAGAAAAGGAAACUGCUGAGGACCCAGCUGGCUUAUCAUCCCUAGGAAAGGAUGCAGAGUGCACCAGUCCCUUCCAGAUAUCUCCACCUUCUCCAGACUCUAAAAAGAAAUCCAGGGGUAUCAUGAAGCUAUUUGGAAAACUUAGGAGGAGCCAAUCUACCACUUUCAAUCCAGAUGAUAUGUCUGAGCCCGAGUUCAAAAGAGGAGGAACACGAGCGACCGCUGGACCCCGUCUGGGUUGGUCUAGAGACCUGGGGCAGUCGAACAGUGACUUGGAUAUGCCGUUUGCCAAAUGGACAAAAGAGCAGGUUUGCAACUGGCUCUUGGACCAAGGGUUAGGUUCGUACAUGAAUUCAGGCAAACACUGGAUUGCAUCUGGGCAAACUCUUUUGCAGGCUUCUCAGCAAGAUCUAGAAAAGGAACUGGGAAUUAAACAUUCACUUCAUCGAAAGAAGCUACAGCUAGCUCUACAAGCCCUGGGAUCUGAAGAGGAAACUAAUCAUGGAAAGCUGGAUUUCAACUGGGUUACUAGGUGGUUGGAUGACAUUGGUCUUCCCCAAUAUAAGACUCAGUUUGAUGAAGGAAGGGUAGAUGGUCGGAUGCUCCAUUAUAUGACUGUUGAUGAUUUGUUGUCUUUGAAGGUUGUUAGUGUGCUACACCAUCUUAGUAUCAAAAGAGCCAUCCAGGUGCUAAGGAUAAAUAACUUUGAACCCAACUGUCUACGGAGGCGACCAUCAGAUGAGAAUAACAUCACUCCCUCAGAAGUUUCUCAAUGGACCAAUCAUCGAGUGAUGGAAUGGCUACGUUCUGUAGAUUUGGCAGAGUAUGCGCCAAAUUUGAGAGGGAGUGGUGUGCAUGGUGGACUCAUGGUUCUGGAGCCUCGUUUUAAUGUUGAAACAAUGGCUCAGUUGUUAAACAUUCCACCAAAUAAAACACUGUUAAGACGGCAUUUGGCCACCCAUUUCAACUUAUUGAUUGGUGUUGAGGCUCAACGUCAGAAGCGUGAGGCGAUGGAGUCACCAGAUUAUGUACUUCUAACAGCUACCGCCAAAGUGAAACCAAAGAAACUCACCUUCAGCAAUUUUGGGAAUCUAAGAAAAAAGAAACAAGAAGAUAUGGAGGAAUAUAUAUGCCCAAUGGAAUUGGGACAGGCAUCACGAAAUGCAGCCAAGAAAGGAUACAGUCCUGGUUUGGACAUUCGUCUAUAUGAUGAUGAUGAUUUGGACAGACUAGAACAGAUGGAAGAUUCAGAAGGAACAGUAAGGCAAAUUGGGGCAUUUUCAGAAGGCAUCAACAAUUUAACGCACAUGUUAAAAGAAGAUGACAUGUUUAAAGACUUUGCCACACGUUCUCCUAGUGCUAGUAUUACAGAUGAAGACUCCAAUGUGUGACAGUGACAGUGACGGCUGGAUACCCAUUAAGAGUCCUCUUUUCUGUCCCAUUUCAGAAACACAUUCAGGAGAUGUGCUGGGCUACAGAUUGUUCUUUCUAUUGCGUUCACUUCUACUUGUUUAGAAGUGAUAUUUUUUUCAAGGGGACAAGGGAGGGGG